CCCAGAAUCAGAACCCAUCUCACCUCUCUCUUCUCUCGCCACUCUCUCCCUCAAGCUCGCGUCGCCGGCUCCUCAAGCUCGCGUCGCCCCCUCAAGCUGUCGCCGCCUCAAGCUCGCGUCGCCGAGCUCGUCGCCGCCUCAAGCUCGUCGCCGCUCAAGCUCUGUCGCGCUCUGUCAUAGUUCGUAAGCUCGCCUUCCUGCUUCGGCCAUCAACGCUUCCUCGGCCCUGAGUCUGGGUUUAGGGUUUCAGCUUCGCCUUGGUUCUUCCAUCAACGCUUGCUUCGUGUCUCUGCCUAUUGAAAAUGGCUCUAACCGUCAAGCUGCCAAUACGGUUCCCAAUAUUUGCGCCAAUUAUCGACCCGUAUCCGACCCAUGAACCGACCCAAAUAUCCACAGAGGUCAGAUUCUCUCGUUGGAACAACGCCAACGCCGCCAAGUUCAACGAGCGCCGGCGAACCCAGCAGGAAAUCGAGGAUGAGAUACGCCGCACACGCCGCUUCGACUCUGCCGACAAAAUCGCUGAAACCGCCGAGACUUCCGCCGUUUCCAGCGCCGCCGUUAAAACCUUCAAAUCCGCCGGGACGCCCUCCGCUCCGUCGAGGCCUUCCAUCCCCGGCAGGAAAUCGAAGUACUCCAAACCGCCGGCGGAGCCCCCGCGGGAUUCUCAUGCUGCGGUUAGGUUUUCCAGCACCCCGAAUUCGAAUCCAAGCAGGACUCAAUUGGCGCCAGCAAACGUGAGAAUUGGCGAUGACGGAGUCUCCUACGUGGUCGAAGGCGCACCGUUCGAGUUUCGGUACAGCUACACGGAAACGCCAGCGGCGAAGCCGGUGAAGAUUCGGGAGCCAUCGUAUGUGCCGUUCGGACCAGCGACGAUGCCGCGGCCAUGGACCGGACGGGCACCGCUGCCGACGAGCAAGAAGAAGUUGAGGGAGUUCGACUCGUUCGUUCUGCCUCCGGCAGACAAGAAGGGGGUGAAGCCCGUCCAGAAGCCCGGACCCUUUUUACCCGGAUCGGGCCCGAAACACGUGCAGUCGAAGGAAGAGUUGUUGGGGGAGCCAUUGACGAAGGAAGAGAUCAAUGCGUUGGUUGCCGGCACCAUCAAAUCUGCCCGCCAGCUCAAUAUUGGUAGAGAUGGUUUGACACAUAACAUGUUGGAGAAUAUACAUGCUCUUUGGAAACGACGGAGAGUGUGCAAGAUAAAGUGCAAAGGAGUGUGCACCGUCAACAUGGAUAAUGUGUGCCAACAGUUAGAGGAAAGGACUGGGGGAAAAAUCAUUCAUAGGAAAAGUGGUACGGUAUACCUCUUCCGGGGCAGAAACUACAACUAUAGAACACGCCAACGUUUUCCUCUGAUGCUGUGGAAACCUGUAUCUCCAGUAUAUCCUAGGUUGGUUAAGCGAGUUCCAGAAGGCCUAACACUAGAAGAAGCAACUGAAUUUCGUCGGAAGGGAAGGAACUUGGAACCGAUAUUCAAGCUAGCAAAAAAUGGUGUUUACUGUGACCUUGUAGCAAAUGUCAGAGAGGCUUUUGAAGAGUGUGAACUAGUGCGAAUAAAUUGUCAAGGACUAAAUGAAAGUGAUUAUCGAAGGAUUGGAGGAAAACUAAGGGAUCUUGUUCCAUGCAUAUUGCUCUCAUUUGAGAAUGAACACAUACUUAUGUGGAGGGGAAAAAAGUGGAGGUCCUCUUUCCCAGCUCUCGAAGAUGAUUACAAUGAAGCCAAUAAAAUUGAUGUUGACAGUGACAAUUCCAACACACCGACUUCAGAUGCCCCAGAAUUGUCUGAAAUGUCUUUACAGGAGAAUUCAUUAGAGCAUCUAAGCAGUGAAUCUUAUGACACUAGUAUUUCUUCGAGUUCAGCUGAUGUGAGUUUCUCUCAAGCUGAGGUGCCUUACCCUAUAGAAGAUAGCAAUCCACCUUUCUCGAUGGUUACCGACGCUGCUUCACUUUCUAUGGGAACCUGUGAAGUUGAAACCACAGAUGAUGUCAGGGGUUCUCCACCUUCUGGUAGCACAAAACCAAGUGUUUCUGUGCUGGAAAGUUGUGAGAAUUCUAUUGAUGGCAAGGUAGAUCCUUCUACAGAUGGGUUGCUAGAUAGUUCAAGUGCAGCUGAUGAAAGUUUAAUUUCAACAUCAUCUGCAUCUUGCACAGAAGGAGUUAUGUUACUGUGGGAGCAAGCUGUUGAGAAAGGUAGUGCACUUGUUUUAGAUGACAGAUCUUUGGAUGCUGACAAUGUUUAUCAAACCGCAGUGGCUUUUGCCAAAUCAGCUCCACCAGGGCCUGUUUUUAGCCGAUCUAGAAAGGUUAGGGUUCAAAAUAAUGACGAGGAAGAAGAUUCAACUUUUGAGAAAAAAGAAGUUACCACUGUUGUGAUUGAAGGUAAAAUGGAGAACACUCAGAAGAGUUCCGAAAUUCGAAGAAAAGAUUUUGAUGAGCGACAGAGGAAUGUAGUGCCACAGGGAACAUCAAGAGUAGAUGAACUUGUGAGACUUCUGACAUGAUACCACCAAAAGUAGUGUCCUAGCUGCAAAUGGGGCUAAUUAGUUUUGGAAGUCCAGAGAUAUGGAUGGAAAAUAUCCUUGUGUUUGGCUACGGUUCCAGCAACUCUAAUGUUUCUAGUUCUUGGAGGUACAUUUUGUAAGAAAUUAUAUUAUGUCUCUAGUGUUGUGUGUUGCAUUUUAUAGGAUUAAUAAAUAUAUCAAUUAAUUAAAUGAAGGAAAGCUUGUUAGUAGAUAUUUGAAAGUAACUAACUUGAUGGAAGUUAGUUUUACGAGAAACAAAACCAGAAGUCGUCUUCCUGCCAAUGAAGUUCCUCUUCUUCUUUCACAAGUCUUGACGAAGAAAUAAAGAAAGGGCAAAGGAAUAGACAAGUGAAUUCUCAAUAUGAACUCCAAUCAAUGAAUCAGGAGACACCUAACACCCUUGCGGAACCAGGCAAACUUGAAGAGGCAAGAUGGGUGCUAGGGAGAGUUAGAGCCAAGAGGUAUCGAGAUUAUGGAAGCCAAAUUUCAAGAUCUUGCUCAUGCUAGUCAAGAACCACAAGCGGUCAAGAACCAUUUGGGAAACACCACAAGAAAUAGAAGCCCAAGUCAGUGAUAGCUGCCUUGGGGAUUUGCAUUUCAAAAUCUCCCUGGCAAAAAAAAUAACUACUCUCUUUUAUGUUGUUUCCUUUUUUUUCCCCAGAGUUUUGGCUUUGCCUCUAAAGCCUCCCUGUUUUUAUCUUUCCCUAAUGGUGGGAACUUGAACAAAAUUAGGCUCUACAGGAUUUUACAAUGAUCCCGUCUUUCUGAUUUGGAGGAGUUUCUCUUGCUUGCCACUACCAAUUCCUCCACCAAAGGAUUAGCAUGUCAAUAUGUUAUUGUCACCUGCAAUUAGUGCAGUUUCUGCUAUGAUGCUGCCUUUUCUUUGUUAAAUUGGAAGUUGCAAAUAUCAUGGCCAGUGCUGAGAAAUAAAUAGAUUAUGUGACAAAUGUUUAGGACUUGGUUUUCCGAUUUACCAUAGUCCCUCUUUUUAGAUGCAUACAUGUCACUCACUAUCUGUAAAUGACUAAUGAGGUUCUCUAAUUAUAUUUUGCAGCAAUAUGUUGUACU